UGGAGAUCUGCGGCGACCUUAAGGUUGCUGACGAGCGGGCAAAUUUCUCCGCAAGAUCGACGUAUAAUUUACACACCGAACCCGUUUUUAGUGUCUCAUAUCGACUUUGUGGAAGAGUCCUUGGCUGAAACCCAUCUUGUGUCCUCAUCACAAAGCUUUUAUACUUGUUGUGACGUUGGCUGUGGGGCUGGGCGGGAUUCUGUGUGGUUGGCGAAACGAGGACGAGGUUGGCUCGUGCGUUGCGUAGAUCGUCUACCACGAUGUCUAGAUAGAGUUCAGCGCCUAGCAUGCAGACACGGCGUGUCUAAUCUCAUAGAAUGUGAAACGUCCCUUGUCCGAGGCGCACGCGUGCACUCUUCCUCGACCUCUCCGUCCUUCGAGACAAGAAAGUAUGACUUGGUGCUCGCCAUCCGCUUCUUCGAAAGAGA